AUGGAUGAGACGCCAAGUUACAAGUCACUGGAGUGCAUUGAUUUUGGCGCAAAUAAUUGGUGUUUAGCCUUUCAACCGCUUUAUAAACACGCCCUUCUGACAAGUUUGAGCAAUGGCGAAGUCCACCAUUUAGACUGGGACACAGGAAAAUCAAAGCAAGUCACAGAGACAGGCGACAUCUCAUGCAACGAUUUGAAAGUCAUAAAUAGUGACUACAAUAACGGCACACUCUAUGCUGUAGCGUCUGGUAGCUCAGUUAAAAUCUUUGACAUCAGAUCCCAGAAUGCUGUGGCACUACUCAAAAAUGAUAAAAAUGCUCCGUUUCUGUCUCUGGAUUCUCGUCAUAACUUUCUAGCUUCAGGCACGGAACUAAGUGGUGUCGAUGCAGAGAUUUUAAUGCAUGAUAUCAGGAAGUGGAAUGUACCUGUCAAAACCUUCAUUGACUCUCACCACGAUGACGUAACGGAUCUCAAAUUUCAUCCUAGUGACCCUCAUAUAUUGCUUAGUGGAUCCACUGAUGGCUACACCAACAUCUAUGAUCUCAGGCACCAAGAUGAGGAGGAUUGUCUGCAUCAAGUUAUCAAUUUUGCUUCAAUCCAUUCCUGUGGGUGGCUUUCACCAAAAAGAAUAUAUACGCUAUCGCACAUGGAAACUUUUGCCAUUCACGAAUUGAAUGAUAUUACGGAUGAAGCCCGCGAACCCAAGCCUCUAGACUUUUGUGACGUUCGAGAAACAUGGAACUGCGGUUAUGUUAUUGAUAUAUACCCAGGUUUCAUCGCAGCUGGCAGUUCACAACAGAAUUGCGGAUUCUUAAAGUUGCUUCCUUUUGAAAACGAGAUAGUGGAAGUCAAAAAUUCAAUUGUCAUUCCGUCUGCCCACGGUAACGAGGUAAUAAGAGAUGUUUACAUUCCCCCAGAGCAAUCAGAUCUACUUUACUCUUGCGGUGAGGACGGCUGUGUUAGAAUCUGGAAAGGCCGAAAGGCCUUGAACGUCCCUUCCGAAUUUUGGGAGUACUCUGCAAAAUUAGACGUUCUAUCAGAUUCGACACCAGUGCCUGUGCAACCAAAUACUUUAGACGCAGAAGCCACUAAGAGACCAAUUGAAGUGAUUCAUUCUGAUAGCAGGAAGGAAAAGAAUAAGAAAAAUUCGAAAAAGUCUCAAUCAAAAAGAUACAAACCUUAUUAA